AUUCGAAACGUUUCGUUCGUUUCAAGUGAAUCGAUUCUUCAGCGCACCGAGUCUAAUAGAUUUAUAAAAUACUGAUCGUUUAAAAUGCACGCUAAAUUAUACGACACUGUUCUUUGUAUAUUUGUUUCAGCAUUAUAGAGCGUGUUUAAAAUGUGGUGAAGGAUUAAGUGAUUUGACUGCUAAUUUUGUGCUAAGCCAAGCCCCGCCCACAGUCCGAUAGUGUAGUGUGAUGAGACUCUGGGAGAGUUUCUGUUAGAGGAGGAAAUUACUGCUGCAGCGUGUGUGCUCAUGGUGAGGUUCACAUUUGCACAGAAAUGUCUUCUUAAAGGAUUUGCGAUAAGCUGAUCGGGAAACACUGAACAAAUCCGCGACCGUCCUUCAUAUACGACUUAAUAUAAAACUCGGAAUAAUGGAUUCUGAGAAGGAGCUGAUUGACAGUGAGUGUGAGCAGGACACAGCAGGAGCAGCUCAGUGCCUGAAGACCACUGACAAGCAACAAGUCUUCAUGUUGAGCGAAAUGGAGGUGUCUGAAAGGGUGGGACGUGUUUGUCGAUCUCUAAACUAUCAACCAAAGAGGGUUCAAAAGUCUAGUGCUGAAAAGGUGUUCGACGACACCGCUGACCUGAUCGUCAGCGAUACAGAAGAAGCAUCCAACGAACAGGACGUCCGCAGGAUGGAGGACCUGGGUGACCAUGAGAUCAGCAGGAAAGGCUACAGAUUGAGGAAAAGAGUGGAAAAGAACCAGGGUUAUGAGCAAGAGGCGCAGACGUCCUCGGAUGAGACGGAUCAAAAUCCAGAGAGUCCGAAACACAAAAGGCAUUUUCCGAAAAGCAAAAAGUAUUUGUGUAAUCUCUGUGGUAUGGAAUACACACGCAAACGCAACCUGGAUACCCACAUAAGGAUCCACACGGGAGAAACACCGUACACGUGUAAGGUCUGUGGAAAGGGGUUCAGACGCAGCGACUGGUUAUCGAAACAUAUGAAAAGUCACAAAGACAAAAAAUCUCCUGAUGGCACCGAGAAGCGGUUCGCUUGCGACCAAUGCGACAGGACGUACGUAUACAGAGACUCUCUCCACCAACAUCGGCGCAAACACAUGGGCGAGAAACCUUUCCCCUGUGCAAUUUGCCCUUUGAGAUUUUACAAUAAUGCCAGCCUUAGGAAGCAUUUAGUGUACCACUCGGAUGACCGUCCGUACACGUGCUCCCAAUGCGGACACAGCUUCAAGCACGUGGGAACUCUUAAUAAGCACAAGCGCAUUCACACCGGGGAAAAACCCUAUUCGUGUAGCAUCUGUGGGGGAAAGUACGCAUACAGAUACAGCUUGAUACAGCAUAUGAAAAGCUCCAGCUGUCAGCGCUCACAAGCUACUUGAUUUGAUUCAUGACAUAUGGCAUUGUCAUAUUGAUCAUGUUUAUAUACUGGUCAGGUGAUUUCUGCUAUGAUGCAACCAUGCAGGGAAGCUGCACCGAUCAGCCAUAACAUUAUGACCACUGAGAGGUGAGGUGAAUAAGACUAAUUAUCUCCUCAUCAUGGCACCUGUUAGUGGGUGGGAUAUAUAGAAGCAGGAAAAAUGGGCAAGGAUUUGAGCAAGUUUGAUGAAGGGUUUGAUGAAUCUCCAAAACUGCAGCUCUUGUGGGCUGUUCCCGGUCUGCAGUGGUCAGUGUCUAUUAAAUGUAUCCUUUAAGUCCUGUAAGUCCAUGGAGGCCCCACCUCGCAACUUACCAGACUUAAAGGAUCUGCUGCUAACAUCUUAGUGCCAGAUACCACAGCACACCUUCAGGGAUGUAGUAGAGUCCAUGCCUUGAUGGGUCAGGGCUGUUUUUCCAGCAAACGGGGGAUCAACACAAUAUUAGGCAGGUGGUCAUAAUGUUAUGCCUGAUCGGUGUAUAUAAAUGUCAAGCACACAAAAAUGGGAAACCAAUUCAGGGAAAUAAUCACACACACACACAAAAAAUAAUCUGACUCCUGUGGUGUUUUCUCGAACCUCAGACACAGCCGGCUGGCAUAUGAGUUGAACAUAAGGAAUCGAAAGGACGGGGGCAAGAAAGAUGCUAAUGCAAUCUGGCAUUCUCACAAAGGUACAGUUGUUGUUACGUCGGUUUGAUCAUUAUAACUGAUGGAAAAUCAAACAGCAAGCAUAAUGGCCUUGGCCAUAAAAAGCCGUGCCAUAAAAAGCCGUGCAAAUCAGUUGGCUGUUCCACCAGGAAAAGAAAAAAGCCGGUGAAGGAACCGGACAUUCCAAAUCCAGUUGUUCCAGUGACCAGGGGUACCAGAGAGUCUUCAGGAGAAAGUGGAAUAAGCCUAGGCCUGUACAGCAGCACAGGUCGAGGGCAGUAAAACCUGGUACUGCUUGAAUCACUGCACCAGGGUCUGUGAAAAAGAAGAAUGAAUUUGGACAGAACAGAUUUUUGCCUUAUCAUGAACUUUGUUUUUUGAUUUUGAUUUUUUGAAAAUGGGUCACAUUUAAAAAGUCAUGUAUACAUGUUCCUGCACAUACUGGUGUAUAGAAACAUGAUGCUUUUUCCUUAUAGAAUAGUGAUUACUGACAGUACAGUAGCCUACCAUAUAUAUAUAUCUAUCCUUCUUUUCUACUGAUUUAUGGAACACUGAAAACUUUCCUUUGAGGUACUGCUUGACUGAUUUGUGAUGGAUUUCACAUCUCUUUUCUUACAUGAAACAGUGAAAAGAUGCUUUUCUUACAUGAGCCAUGUCUUUGACUCCUUCCUAGCCAAGUCUAUAUGGAGCUGUUUGGUCUGGAAUCCUGGAGCAGUACAGUGUAGAGGAACGGGUUAUUAAGUGGAAGUCAUUUGGCCUCAUCACAGCUUGUCAAGAUCCAGAGAACCAGACCCUCCUCAUUGUCCUUGUCUGUUUUUCCAUUCAGUGGGAGGCUUUGAAAGCUUCAGAGAAAGAAAUGGGGUUUUCAUAUUUAUUUACAUCUCUGUGUGGUUUUUGUGUUACUCUGUGAAAUUGAUAUAUUCGAUAUAAUCGAUAUAAUUCAACAUGAUAAAAACUAGAAAGCCUUUAGAAAGAAUGAAUGAUGUUUAAAAGUUUUGGUAGUUUCCGUACAGAAAGUCGGCCAAGGAUUAGCUCACUGUGAGCCGCACUGACAUUAAAAUGAUGGAGCUGGAAAGACCCGAAUGCUCAGGAGGGGGUUGAUGUAAUGUGGUGAUGUAAAAAAAAAAAACGUGCUAUGGCUAUGUUUUGUCUGCUUCCAUGGAACAGCCUCGCUUUUGUUUAAUUCAGAAUAAACACUUCAUUUGAUGCCAUGACCUUGGACUAGUUUAAUUUCUUUAUUGCCACUAUUACUGGCAAUUAUCCUUCACACACAGCAUCAGAAACUAUUUUUAUCUGAUCCGAGUGUGCAGAUUUUUAUUUUAUUUUUUUUAAAAAAGGCUACUAGUUUUGAAAUUGAACAAUAAUAAAAUAAUAACUGUCUGUGCGUGUCCAGUGCACAUCGAUCGUUAGUAGAGAUCAAUUAUAAUCUGGAGUGAUGGAGCUGAGGUUCGAGACCCCAUGCUGACCGAGCUGACGCUGCCAUUCGACCCUUUUUCAAAAAAAAAAAAAAAAACCCUCACAAAAAAACAAGACCUUCUACUUCAGUUCAGAUAUAAAUCUGGAUCCAGAUGUCUCAUUUGCGUUACUGAAACCAGUAACUCGUUUUCUGUGGUUGUUAUAUCAGCCUUGUAGCUUAAGAGCAAAAAUAACAAAAAGGAAGCUCUGGUAACCGAACAUGUCUUGACUGACUGCAUCUGGAAACUUUUCUUUCACAUGUUAUUUCUGGACUUUAUUUUUUUGGUGAUUUUAAUCAGGAGGAAGGUUUAUUAUAUACAUUAUAACAGGUGGACUUGUUCACUUGGGAUUUUAGAUUUAGAUCUGUAACGAGCAAACCGGGCGAGAGUGACGAGAAAAACAUCCCUCGAGAGGAAUUAUGACUCAGAAGUGAACACCAGCUCUUCUAGGAGACUGAGAGAAAACACACACAGUACCAAGUGUGUUGAAGUGAUACAGAGUGUUGUGCAUCAUUCACUAACGUAAACUUUAUGUUUUACGACAAAAACUGCUUUGAUCAAUCAUUGGUCAGUGAAACAAUUUUGUUGUGGUUUGUGUCUAAAAAAAUGACACAAGAAAGACAAAAGUGAAAAACGAAGGCAAAACACCAGCACAUGGUACAUGAGGUUUCUUUUUAUGGGUGUGUUUUAUGAGAAACUUUUAUCGCGUUUCUCUGGUAUGAGUGAAGAUUGAUCUUUGGGCAACUCUGCGUUUGGGUCACUCAGGGUUAACGUUAUUCUUGUGUCAUUGUUUUAGUAAGCUGUGGAAAGUUUCAGGAAUGGAAAGAUUUUUCUGUUUCUUUUAGGCUUUGAGACAUUGUCUCUGGCUUCGGUUGCUGUUGUAGGUCUUUGAGGAGGAAAGUUAUUCUGCUGAUAAGGUCUGUGGGGAGUGAGGAAGGAGAGACUCAAAAACAACAGUGAAAAUGAGU